AUGAGGGACGGGGAUGCGGGGCAGCAGCCACGCCGCGCACAGGUAGAGCCGGGGCGGCUCCUCCGCCUCCUGUCCUGCGUGGUCCUUGUGUGCGGAGCGGAGGUCGCGGCUCUCGCCGACUUCUCAGGCUACCUAACGAAGCUCCUGCAGAAUCACACCGCCUAUGCCUGCGACGGGCAGCACCUGAGCCUGCACUGCCCUCGGCACUCAACCAUCAGUGUUCAGUCAGCAUUUUAUGGGCAGGACCACCACAUGUGCAGGGCUUGGGAGCCUGAGACCAGGAUGGCAGCACCCAGGAACUGCGUGGCACCCACCUCUUUGCAGAAAGUACUGGAUGAAUGCCAAAACCUGAGAUCCUGCCAACUCCUUGUCAAUAGUCGGGUUUUUGGGCCUGAUCUGUGUCCAGGGACCACUAAAUUCCUCCUUGUCUCCUUUAAAUGCAAACCUACUGAAUACAAAACCAAAUCAGCAUGUGAAAACCAGGAACUGAAGCUCCACUGUCAGGAAUCCAAGUUCCUUAUCAUCUACUCGGCCACCUACGGCAGAUGGGCACACGAGGAGAGCGUCUGCUCAACAAAGGCGGAGCACACACCCCCCUUUGACUGUUUGUCCUACACAGCGCUGGAAGUGUUAUCGAAGAGGUGUUACGGGAAACAGAGAUGCAAAAUCAUUGUCACUAGCCGGGAGUUUGGAAGUCCGUGCCUACCUGGAGUGACAAAGUAUCUAAAUGUCAGCUAUGCAUGUGUUCCUAAAUUUAUCCUCACGGCUGUCAACCCCUUGGUCCCUGAUAACAAAUCUUCCAUCAAACAGAAUGAUGGUGUCGACCUUGAUCCAAAGGAAUCGAGACUCCCAAAGAAAGAUGGAACUAUUGUUAGCUCUAACUACUUGGCUACAUUUGCAUACAUCAGAGAUCACCCUGAAAGAGCCGCUCUCCUGUUUGUGUCCAGCGUUUGUGUGGGACUAAUCCUCACACUGUGUGCCUUGGUGAUCUGCGUGUCGUGUCCUAGGGACAUCCAGAAACUGCACAGGAAGAGGGAUCAGCUGGUGCCAGAGAGUGCCGGAGCCUACCAGAGCAGUGGCCAGGAGGAGGAAGAGGAGGGGGAGGAUUCCUCCCUCUCAAGCAGCCAGGAUGAGACAGACAGACUUUACAGACCUCCUUACUCAGGUUAUAACUCAGCAGAGGCAGCAGAACUGGCUGAAAGGAUUGAGCGCAGGGAGCAGAUCAUACAGGAAAUUUGGAUGAACAGUGGUUUGGAUAUGACACCUCCUAGAAAUAUGAAUACAUUUUAUAUUAAUGAACAAUAAAUGGCUUAUUUUGGAUGACACUCUAUCCCUUUUUAAAAAAAGAGAAAAAAAAAUGUACCUUCUGUGAAGGAACAUUUGUAUCAGUGAAUAUAAUUAUUUGUAAAAUAAAAAGAAACAUAUGCAAUAAAAAGAGGGGUUUCAUGCCCUUGACUGUC